AUGUCAAUUGGAAGCGUGUAUUCUUUUGCCUUUUCCUCUGGUCUGAGGGCCUGGAACCGCGGGUUCUCGAACCGUCGGUCGUCGAACUCGGAGUCAACCGUGGUCUGGUCGUCCCAGAACGUCUGCGACUCGCGGAACUGGAUCCAUCGCGAAACGGUCUUCAAUGCUUUGAUCGCCAGCGUCCACGCAGCUUUCUUACCGUACAACUCCAGCAGGAUGUUGAGUUCUGACCAGUCAAAGGUGAUGGUCUUGAGCUCCGUCUUUUCUCCGCGUCUGUGUUUCAUGUUGUCUUCCAAAAUCCGCGUGUACAUGUUGAUUGCGUCGUUGACUCUGUUUUCGUCCACUCUGUAUAUUUCUCCCAGGGUCUUGUACGCACUGAAAUUGUUCUUGUCGAGCUUGACCACCUCCAAAUACAAGUUCUGCGCCACAGGCAGGUCAUUCCGCACAAAAGCCUCGUUCGCCUGCGACAGCAACAAUUUCACCUCCGGAGACAGCUCCUCUCUGCGGAUCUUGCGACGCAUGGCAGCCAGGCCCUUGGUCUUCUUGGCGCCCUUCUGGGGCUUGGGUCGGAAAUUGCGCGCCUCCCGCAACGCAUUGCGGAACUCAAAGUCCUCGUCGAUGUCCUCCUCGUCCAACUCCUCCUCGCUGAACCCGAAAUUGUCUGGCUCCUCCUCGAAGUCCUCGUCGUCAGGGUCGUCGUCCUCGGGGAUUAUGUCGUCGUCCGAAAACAAGAUCGCACCGUCGUCCUCGUCGCUGUCCUCGUCAAUCAAGUCGCGCAGCGCGUAA